GAACCCGGGCUGACAGCAGCAGCGGCCAAACCAGCUUUAAUUACAGCCCCCGGCCUCUUAUCUCAGGCUAAAUCAACUGCUACAGCCAAUUAACAUAAGCAGCGUCAUGUUUUGAGUCGUGAGCAAACCCCACACUGUGUGACACUCACAACAACCAUUAAUUAUUUUAAAAAGUAUUUUUCAGCCUGUUACUGAAGUUGUGUAUGAAGUUGAGGUCGCACAACCAGACUCAUUUCUUUUUUUUGUUGUUUGUUAAUUCAUUUAUGCUACCGUUUCCAAAACUGAUUGAAAAGUAUGAAAUAAUAAAAAGGUAUGAAAUAAUAAAAAAAUAUGACAAAUUAAAUUAGAAAAACAACCUAAUCCGAAAAAGCCACAUGAUAAGGAUUAAGUAAAAUGUGUGUAUUUACUGAUUUCUUAUGUGAUUUUGUAUGUGUUUUUAUUGAAAAUUAUGGUCAAGAAAAGAGUUAAAGACAUUAUGUGAGUGAUCUGGCACUCAGCAAGUUCAAAAACUGGUUAAGAUCUUGUUAUGUAGGAUGACUCCCAGCUUUUGAAAUUUGUUGUGGUAUUUGUAGUCCUACAUUCAAAAUGUUAAGUGUGUGUGUGGACUUUGAUUGUUUCUUUAAACACUUUAUACCCACAGUCAGAAAUGGUGGUUGCAGUAUCAAGUUGUUGAGACAGAUGGAGCUAAAUAUUCAGAAGUCCUGGAAGAAAACCAAAGACUUUCACUUUCCACAAACUGGACAAUAACCCUAAAUAUACAACUAGUUCCUGUGGAAUAAAAGCAUAUUUAUGUAAGGAAUGGCCAAGUCAAACUCCAGACCUAAAUACAAUUAAUAAUCUGUGGCAAGACAACGAUGCUUACAGAAGUGCUAGGUUCUCAAAGAGUUGUAUUUGUAACAGCAACAAAAUGAAUUUCUCCACAGGUAGGUGAGGCAACUGGGUUUUUGCAUCAAUCUGUCAGACCCCCACCCUCCAAAAAAACAACAACAAAAGUUUGUGACUGUAAUGUGGAAAAACAUAAACAAGUUUAAAUGUUAUAAAUACUUUUGAAAAGUACUGUUUGUUACUCUCUAAUCCAGCUCUGCACAGAUGAUAUGUGGAUCUUUCACAAACACAGAAGUACUGUAGCUGUUCUGUUGGUACGCAGGAUAAAGCAACACAGGAGGAGGAUGCUGCACAUUCAUCACACACAGUCCUGCAGUGGCAGUCGCUACUCCGUGUCAUCCUGUAGGUUUAUACUUCAGUACCAACCAGCUUUAGAGCUGCUCCGGAGCCUGAACAAAACCUCUCUGUGUCAGUGUGCAGCUGCAGCUUCCGAGAUGUCCUAUACAGAUCUGUGACCCAGGAGCUUUGGACUUGCAUAUAAAGGGGGGAAAUCCUGUGUUUCAGGAUUAGCAUUUUACUUGAACAGAAGCACAGGAGGAUGAUACCACUUGGUGUAUUUAUUUUAAUCCUCCUCGUUCUAAUUCCUCGGUAGUUUGAGUCCAGAUUCAGCAGGGAGGUUUGGUUUAACGUAUGUCGUCACAUCAGAGUCAACCCCUUUUUUCUGCUUGGACUGCUCCAGUUCACGUCUGAAAAAAUCUGUUAGUUGCUGAAGAGUUCUUCAUGUCAGGGACUGCUGUAGCCUCGGCACACAGAGCGCUGUAGCUCCUGGAUCACCUAAGAUAAGCAAAUGGAUCAGAAAGAGCUGAGUGAUCCACUCAACAGCGUUUCACUGAUUAAAGAUGAUCUGACCAAGUCCAACAUGGGUUCUUCCGGCGAAUCUGAAAAAAUGAUUCAGCGCUUGAAUGAUGAACUUCGAGAGGCCCGGGAGAUUGCCAACACAGAGAAGCAGAAAUGCAUGGAGCUACAAGGUGUUCUGGAAGAAGAGAGGAAAGGACAUAAACAACAAGCUGAGCAAUCUUCCAAACAAAUUAAACAUCUCCAAGGCCAGCUGCAGCAGCUCCAGGAUGAGGUGGGUGUUCUCAGGGAGCAGAUCAACGUCUCCUCCGGUUCUCAUGACGAGCUGCAAAGAGCACAAGAUGAGAUGAAGUCACUGAAACGGGCCCUGGAGGCGGCCUCUGCAGAGCGCGACCGUGAUGUCACUGCCGUCCAGUCGAACCUGGCAACUGCUUCCAAGGACCUGGACAAGUGGCGUCAGACUGCCAGCAAAUACGAGCGUGAGAUCGAGGACCUGCGACGUGAUCUGGACCAGCAAAGCAAGCAGUGGCAGAAAACAGCAGAAAUACAAGCCAAUGAGCUGCAGUCUAUGCAGUUAGAGUGUAACGGUCUGCAGAAAGAGUGCUCCGUCCUGCGAUCUGACAAACAGGACAUGGUGAAUAAGCAUCAGAAAGAAAAGAACAGUCUGCAAAGUGAGUGUGCCUCUCUGAGGGCAGAGAAGGAGGAAAUCUUUAAGGCUCACCAGAAAGAAAAGGCCAGUGUGCAGAGCCAAUGUGCAGCACUGCGCAGUGAAAAAGAGGCGUUGCUGCAGAAACAGCAGCAGCUGGAGCAGGACCUCAUCAGUUUGCGUGGCCAGAAUACUGACCUGAGUAGCAAACUCAAAGUCCUGGGAGAAUCCCAACAGGAGUUGGAGAAGAACCUGGUGGCAGUACAACUUCAACACCAGCAGGAUAACUCCAAGCUGCAAACCCAGCUGGAUGAGGCAAAAAGCCGCACCAAGGCUCUGCAGAAAGAGUAUGAGGAGGCUCAAAUGGAGCUGUCUGACCUAAAAGAAAGAUGUGAGAAGACUGAGCAGGAGAAACAGACGCUGACAGACCAACUGGAGGAAUUCAAAGCUGGCAUGAAGGAUUUACAGGAGAAAGGGUCAAAUACGCCACUUUUGCUGCCUGUUCAAGCCAUAGUCAUCGGCCUUAUCCUGGCUUUGCUGUUUUGGUGCUUCGGCGCAAUGUGGUAGCAAGAAGCCGUGGAUGAUCUGGGGGCCAGUGGUUGCUGUGGCUCUUACAGCUGUGACGGCCGCGGUGCUCUUCAGGACCUGAGGGCAAACUACCCAAACAAAAACACGUAGAGGUUUAUCCUUAUUUGAUUUGUUCAAAACUUGCCCCCUUUACAUAUCUGUACCAGUAAUAAGGUGGGCUCAUAUUUAACAGUUUUUCUUGCUAAGAUGCUCUAUUUUAGAUGGCAGAGAUGUUUCUAAAAGAAUGUGAGUUUUUAUGCGUGUCAUGAUGGGAAUUUAGUUGGACCGUGUCAAGUUUACUAUUUUGACUCAUAGGAUUAUCUGUUAAUGAAUGUAAAACUUAAACCAUGCUUAUCUAAUUCUACUUAGGUGUCUUUAAUUAUAUUUAAGGUCAAUCACUUUGAGUUUCUCUGCUCAUAGCACAGUUUUUGUUCUUAGAAUAAUAAAGUUGUCACAAUAACAUCCCUUAAUGGAGUGCACACUGAAGGAAACUUUGAACGGUAUGUUGGUUGAUGGUGUUGGAUGUGUUUGCAGAACCAGAGGCAGAGUUUAGACAAACCAUAUUUGGUUAAAAAAAAUGUUUUUGUUUCAGAGCCCAUCAUUAAACACGACUGCAGCAA